UCCAAGAAAGAAAAGCUCUAGCUUGGAAAGAGUGCACCUUCUAUUUGUAUUGUACUGUGGUGUUUGUCGAAAUAACAUUUUCUUUUUUUUAUGUGAAUCUUUUAAUAUUUUCACGAUUAGUAAUUUAUACGUUUACUUAGUGUUAAUUUAAAAUGUAAAAUAUCCUAUGAUCAGAAAGUUUUAUCUGUACGUUAUCAUAGCACGCUCGUAAUUAUUUUUAGUAUUUAGUCAAAAGUUUAAAAGCCUUUUUAAUAUAUUUUGAAAAUGGGUGAAGAAAGGGUGAAAAUGCGUAAACAGCUAGGUUUGUUAGAGGGUGUGGCUAUAAUUUUAGGCAUAAUAUUCGGUAGCGGUAUUUUUAUUUCGCCUAAGGAAGUUAUAGAAAAAACUGGUUCGGUUUGGGGAGCACUGUCGGUGUGGGCGGUAUGUGGUAUCCUGGCUACUCUUGGAGCAUUAUCUUACGCUGAAUUAGGUACGACAUUGGCGCAGAGCGGAGGCGAUUACCACUAUAUAAACGAAGCCUAUGGCGAAUUACCAGCAUUUUUGUACUUGUGGGAUGCUAAUCUAGUGUUUGUCCCAAGUACAAAUGCAAUAAUGGCGCUGACAUUUGCUAAUAACAUAUUGGAGCCAAUAUUCCCGAAUUGUCCAAUUGAUCCUAUGUGCCGGAAGCUGAUCGCGGCUGCUACUAUAUGCUUCCUCGCGUUCAUCAACGCCUACGAUGUGAAGUUCACGACGCGGGUGCAGAACGUGUUUAUGUUCACCAAGAUCUCCGCUCUCUUCGUCAUCAUCAUAGCUGGCAUUAUGUGGAUUGCUAGAGGUGGUGUGGAGUACUUCGAAGACGGCUGGGCGGGCACCAAGACGUCCGUGAGCGACUGGUCCAUCGCCUUCUAUUCUGGAAUAUUCUCGUAUUCAGGCUGGAAUUACUUGAACUUCAUGACCGAGGAGCUGAAGGAUCCUUUCGUGAAUCUACCACGCGCCAUCUACCUCUCGCUGCCGCUGGUGACGGCGAUAUACUUGCUAGCUAACGUCUCGUACCUGGCUGUGCUCGGGCCCAUCGGGGUACGCGCCACAGAAGCUAUUGCCGUGGACUUCGCAGUAUCAGCUCUAGGCUUCUUAAAAUGGGCAAUGCCGACGCUGGUCGCGAUCGCCGUGGUCGGUGGACUGUCGGUCCACAUAAUGGCGUCGUCGCGGAUGUGUUUCGCCGGCGCUCGCAACGGCCAUAUGCCGGAAUUGCUUGCGCAUAUCAAUGUCAAGUGCAUGUCACCAUUGCCUUCGCUGGUGUUCCACAUGGUGAUGUCCGUGAUAAUGCUGAUACCUGACAACUUGACCUCACUGAUCACCUACUGCACGGUGGUAGAGUCAUUCUUCACCACGCUGAGCUGCAGCGCGGUACUCUGGCUGCGCUACAAGAAACCGCAACUUCCCAGGCCUAUUAAGGUCCAGCUGUGGAUGCCCACAGUGUUCGUGACGGUGUGCACCGUACUGCUGGUGGUGCCAAUACUGAGUGAGCCGGUGGCGGUGGGAGCUGGCGCGACGAUGACCCUCGCCGGAGUGCCUGUUUACUAUGCCCUUGUCUGGUCCAAGCCGAAAUCCGUUGGAGCUAUAUCAGUUAAGAUCACACAUGCCUUCCAAAAGCUGUUCCUAACGGCGGUGGAGGAAGCGGAGGACUAAAAUUAUCAGAGUCUCAGUGGAAAAACAAGAAGAAUCUAUAAUUUUGAAUCUCUUCUCCCAUAACGGUUUUGUAUAACUCGAAAAAUUAUUUUUUAUAUGUUGAUUGAAGUAGAUAUAUUGAAAAAUUAAGGCUCUGAGCGCUUGUUUGUAAAAAAUGCGCAAAAUAUGCCCCGUACGCAUAACACAGUAAUAAUUUUUAGGUGCUGCGGUUUCAUGCGCAUGCUUAGAAAGUUAUAUUAAAUUUCGUACAAUAUAUACUAAAAUUUGGCAACGUCUGUAUCAUAAACGUCACCCCAGUCUCUGAAUGGGGUAAGCAGAUAUAAUUAAAUGAAUUAUAUUUGUUUUUCAAAUCAUUUGGAAAUGGAAAUUUUGGAAUGUUUAGCUAUUAAGAAAAAAAAAUUGUAUAUUUUAAUAUAAAAUUAAUAUUUGAUUAUUAUUAUUUAUAUUUAAUUCAAAAUUUGUUUUUUUUUUUUUUAAAGAUAUUGAUACAUACAUACAGGCGUUACUAAAUUUCAGUAUAAACUUGCUUAAUAAGGGUGCAAUUUUCUACUUUUAUAUAUUUAGUAUUAAAAUAAAUAUAUACUCGUGUAGUUCUACUAAAUAAUGGAGUGUUUUUUAGAUUUUCUAAUACACAUAAACACAUAAAAGAUGCACUUGUUAUAAGACACUUCCUCCAUUAUAAAAGUCGGUUAAAAAGGUAAUUGUUUAGUACCAGUGAAGAAAAAUAAGACUAGUUAUGGUCUCUAGUAGAUUGAUCACAAUUAGUGUAACAUAUUCAAUGUCCAGUGAGGUACGUACUGCAUUUAUCAUUAU